AUGAAGAAUGCGGAUGAUGAAGAGGGAGCUCAAAACACAGGCACCAACCUGUUUGUAACUGGGAUCCAUCCCCGUCUGAGUGAAGCAGACGUGACUCGUCUCUUUGAGAAAUAUGGUGAGGUGGAAAACUGCUCUAUCAUGCUUGAUCCUCACACCAAGGAGUCGCGUGGGUUCGGGUUUGUGAACAUGGCUACUCCUGACCAGGCAGAAGCGGCCAGAGAGGGUCUACAGGGCGAGUCUCACCCUAAGUUUUCUACAAUUGAUAAGAGAGAUUUUGCUAAAUAA